CGCCGCCCGCCCCCGCCCCCUCCUCCUCCCCGCCCUCCCCGCGCCGCUGGCGUCGAGAAAGUACAGUAAAAAGUCCAAGUGCAGCCGCCGGCGCAAGAUGGGAUCCGGCCCCUCCAGCUACCGGCCCAAGGCCAUCUACCUGGACAUCGACGGACGCAUUCAGAAGGUGGUCUUCAGCAAGUACUGCAACUCCAGUGACAUCAUGGACCUCUUCUGCAUCGCCACCGGCCUGCCGCGGAACACGACCAUCUCGCUGCUGACCACGGAUGACGCCAUGGUCUCCAUCGACCCCACUAUGCCUGCAAAUUCUGAACGCACUCCCUACAAAGUGAGACCUGUGGCCAUCAAACAACUCUCUGAAAAAGAAGAGUUAAUCCAGAGUGUGCUGACGCAGGUCGCAGAGCAAUUCUCAAGAGCGUUUAAAAUCAACGAACUCAAAGCAGAAGUCGCAAACCACUUGGCCGUGCUAGAGAAGCGUGUGGAACUGGAAGGACUGAAAGUGGUGGAGAUUGAGAAAUGCAAGAGUGACAUUAAAAAGAUGAGGGAGGAACUGGCAGCCAGAAGCAACAGGACCAGCUGCCCCUGUAAGUACAGUUUUUUGGAUAAUAACAAGAAGUUGACACCUCGACGGGAUGUCCCCACUUAUCCCAAGUACCUGCUGUCCCCGGAGACCGUAGAGGCCCUGCGCAAGCCGACCUUCGACGUCUGGCUCUGGGAGCCCAACGAGAUGCUGAGCUGCCUGGAGCACAUGUACCAUGACCUCAGCCUGGUCAGGGACUUCAGCAUCAACCCCAUCACGCUCAAGAGGUGGCUGCUCUGUGUGCACGACAACUACCGGCAGAACCCUUUCCACAACUUCCGGCACUGCUUCUGCGUGGCCCAGAUGAUGUACAGCAUGGUCUGGCUCUGCGGGCUCCAGGAGAAGUUUUCCCAGAUGGACAUCCUGAUCCUGAUGACCGCAGCCAUCUGCCACGACCUGGACCACCCGGGAUACAACAACACGUACCAGAUCAAUGCCCGCACAGAGCUGGCCGUCCGCUACAAUGACAUCUCGCCCCUGGAGAACCACCACUGCGCCGUGGCCUUCCAGAUCCUCGCACAGCCCGAAUGCAACAUCUUCUCCAACGUGCAGCCAGACGGGUUCAAGCAGAUCAGACAGGGCAUGAUCACAUUAAUCUUGGCCACUGACAUGGCACGGCAUGCAGAAAUCAUGGAUUCCUUCAAAGAAAAAAUGGAGAAUUUCGACUAUAGCAAUGAGGAGCACUUGACCCUUCUGAAGAUGAUCUUGAUAAAAUGCUGUGACAUCUCUAACGAGGUGCGUCCGAUGGAAGUCUCCGAGCCUUGGGUGGACUGCUUGUUAGAAGAAUACUUUAUGCAGAGUGACCGUGAGAAGUCGGAAGGCCUUCCUGUGGCCCCUUUCAUGGACCGGGACAAAGUGACCAAAGCCACAGCACAAAUUGGAUUCAUCAAAUUCGUCCUCAUCCCAAUGUUUGAGACAGUGGCCAAGCUCUUCCCCGUGAUUGAGGAAAGCAUGCUGCAGCCCCUGUGGGAAUCCAGAGACCGGUAUGAGGAGCUGAAGCAGAUAGACGACGCCAAGACAGAGGAGACCGAGAGCCGGGCACAUGGGGGCCCCGACAAGCUGAGGGAGAAAAGCAGAGAUGCGAAAAAAAGUGAAGCAGACCGUGCGUGAAGGAGGCGGGAGCACCCGUGGGUGUUCGGGGCCGGGCCGCCUGACCGGAGAGACCUUCACCCAGAGAAGAGCUGACCCUGACCCCUGGCACUCCACGACCACGUUUUCUAAGAACCACUUUGUUCACUGAUAACAAGAAAACGAAAUUCAUGAUGCUGUACAGAAUUUUUAUUUUUAAA